AUGGCCAACAUCACCAUUACCAGAAUCACCAGGACGAACGGCAACGUCAAUAAUUACAACAUUAUUGAAGGAUUUGGGAUAGCAGCGGCACACACUGUCCUUGCUGAUGCCAUUUUCAGCGACACCGAAGCCGUUCCUGCGGCAGCCACAGAGGGUCGACACCCUGCUGCCUUCCGUUAUGACCGGAACGGCAUUCCCCUGAUCGUUACCGGCAGUCGCGGCGCCUAUUUCGCAGGACAGUAUCGGCUCAAGGGCACUGGUCCAGGGAACUUCCAGAUCAUCAGCCAGCCUUUUGCCCUGGCCCCUGGCCCGGGUCCGGGGGCCGGUGAAUUUACUGCCGACGGCUUCACCAGCGUCCUCGACCCGCUCGGUCCCUUCAGGCUGGCUGGCAACUGGCAGUGGGCCAUGGUGCGUGCCACUGACGGCUCGAAUUUUGCCAACGGUCCUGCCACCCGCCUCGAGAUCUACUUCCUAUUCGGCCCUCACACCAUUCCCACCUUCGCCGGCAUCGACUUCCCACUCUCCCUCCUUCGGCUUGCCUUUCCCGAAUAUGCAACGCACGCGGGCUUGAACGCUGCCGCUCUCCAAGCAAGAGUCAUUACUGACAUCACGACCCGGAUGUGGGACACGGGCAUGGACCCGGUCGCGCCGCUGCGGUAUGACUGCCGGGAAAGGCAUGGAGGCCAAAGCGUGCACGCCCUUGCCCUAGACUUCAACCUGGAGACCAUCACCACGAGGCCCAACGGUCGAACAACGUGCAACUGCUGCGACCUCGCCUGCUGGGUGAAGCUGACCAUCGACUGCCUCGGAGAGGGACCUGGCACCGGCGCACCGUACGUCGCGGGCGUGACGGUCAUGUACGAAGAGCCCUGGGGCUGCGUACCUGCCGGGCCGCUGUUCGGCUGGGAAAACGACCCCGCGUCCGCCAACUGCAACAACCCGUUCUGGCAGGACGUGAACGGCGUAGCGCGCUUCCAGCCCAACGUCGCGCCGAACGACCCGACUCGGACCAUUCUAAGUACCCACUGCUUCACCGUCUUCACCGACACGGCCGGCCAGCAGCGCGUUGUCGACAUUUGCCACGGCCUCUACCAUCACGGCGUUGGCCCCGUCAUCCUCCCGCAUGGCGACAUGGACCUGGCGACGUACCGGACAACGUGUACCGACCCGCCCAAACGCGUUGUCAAUUCUCGCCGUCGCGGUGACGGGCUCGCCAGCCUACUCUCCGAGGUCCGCCAGCACCGUGUCCCGCAGGUCAACAAUGAUGCCGUGGCCGUAGCUGACGAGUUUCUCGUUGUGGCGGCCGACCUGAUGCUGCCAGACCCUUGGUCAAUCAUGUAUGCGGCCAACGCACACCCCUGA